AUGAAACGAAAACCAUAUCAAACUCAUCGUCGCCUAUCCUCCGCUUCCGCGGCCCUUAUGCCGACCGGGCCGAGCUCUGGUAUAAUGGCUCCUGAUGCUUCGUUACUUCUGGUUAGACGCCAAGUUGCAACAGCUCAAACCAAGCGUGCUUCAUUCUUGCCCGCGGGAUCUAUUUCUAUGGUUACUGACUGGAAACUGAAGUUGGUUGAGGCUUUAGAAAUGACAAAACUUCCGGGUCGCAAAUCCUCGUUACCCACCGGCUUUGCAGAAGGUGAUCAUACUUUGUCCUCCAUGCAAAGUAAAUGUGUUGUUGAUGGUACCCCAAUUGUCGCUAGUGUUGCGCCUGUGUGCACCACCACAAGCACAACAACUAAACAGUCUAGUGGAAAAAUCUUCAGUCCUGUAUCCAGCUUUGAUCGAGCCGACGAAGAAGAUGCUGGCCAAGAAGCGGAUUGGGACAGUGAUGAAGGCGAAGAUGAGGACGUUGCAAAUCCAGUGAAUUUUUCCGCAUCACGAUUGAAUCCGCUGCAGUUGCUUAAUCGGGCCAUGGAACUGGGCGCAUGCUCCACAGUUCGUCACUAUCGUCGGAGUAUGCUCUCGCAGCCGCCGUACUCUCGAUCGCGACAACAAUUUCAAGUGGGAGAACCUGGAAGUGGUUCAAAUGAAGAUCCUCAUCUGCCCGACGGUUACACACUAUCUAAUCUGCGACCUAAGCCCAAACACGGAUCGUUUGCUGGUCAUCCGCAUGCUUUAUUGGGACAGCAACUGGAUUCGGACACAGUGGAUCCGCGUCACAUGUCCUUGCAACAUAUCGUACGAUCACCUGGUCGUCUGUUGCGUGACAGUGUUGUCGGCCAGGAGGUAUCAACAUCCGUUUCAAUCAUUCCAUCGGUGUUCAAUUCAGAAUCAAACGUUUCUCAAGUGAAUCAGUCCAAUUUACUUGGUCGAUUAUGGCGCAAACAAGCGCACUUAUCUUCUUUGGCCUCACUUGAGGACGAUGAAGAUGCGGACGAGGCCACAACGGAUGGCGGCACCUUGCAGUUAGAUGGUCGUCGAUCCUCGAGAAUCAACAGACUCGGCAGUGCACCGCGACCCGGCGUUAGACGGCAACACGGUAUGACUGAAUACGAUCCACCGUCAAUAUCCAGUUAUUUGGAUUCUAUGUCUGUAGAAGCUUUGUCACGUUCCAUUGGUAGUCGGUAUCCACCUUCCACUCAGUUUGCCCCGACAGAUUCUCAUGUUCACAUGGAAUCGCCACAACGACGGUUACCCCCGAACACAGGAUUUCGACAAGUGAUUGUUCCAAACGUACCACCAUCGGAUUCGCUCCAGAUUCAAUCCGUCACCGCGACUCGUACCGUUCGUGUACAGAAACCGAAUGAAAGGGAUAUCUCAUUUGUGAAACGUGGACCACGCACCGCAACCAAUAUGUUGCGUGCACGUCGUUCUGAUCUAGAAGAUACCUUUAGCGAGUCCAGAUUCCACUUGAAGUAUAGUCUCUCAGAUCUGUCACAAACGGAAGAUGGUGCUCGCAGUGAGAGUGGAAGUCGAUGUCAGUCCAGAGACACCACAGAUGUCACACAGGGUUCUAUACAGCUGUAA